AUGGCUAAAGGAUCAACUGUAGGUUCAGGUUGUUGUGUAUCACUUGGAGGUCUGGAGGUUGGUCUUGAGGACAUUCCUUGUAAGACCGACUCAGUUGGUUCAGAUAACGAUUGUCUGGAAGACUCAGGUAAGGUUGAAUACUUCAGCCACAUGAGAAUCGAAUCCAGACUAGAGCAUUUGAAGAGAGCAGCAGAGAAAGGACACGUGGAGGCCUCAUACGCAUAUGGUAUGAUCCUCCACUUUAGGGGUGGGCAAUCAACAAAACAAGGCCUAAAGCUUCUAAAUGCAAUGAACAAUACUUGUUCAAAUUCAAAGAGCUUGAGAAUCCAAGAGUGCAGAGAAAGAAUCAAAGCCAUUAUUCACACAAUGUGGAUCAACAAUCAUAUGGUUAGCCAACAAACAAAUUUCUGUUGUCAUGGAAAAACUCGAAGCAUCAGAGUGAGAGAGACAUGGAGAGGCCGCGAAGAAGAGGAUGACAACAUGAGUUGUGAAGCUUGUAAAUGGGAUAGAGAAGUCAACUUGUUCUGUAACAUGUUAAUGGGUAGGAGUGUUUAG